UCCCCGGGGCCGCGGCCAAGGAUGCUCCGGCUGCCGGCGGCGGCGGGGGGGCGGCGGGUGCGCGGCGCCGGGGGCUGAGCCAGCGGCGGAGCCCGGCCCGGCCCUGCCCGGGACACUUGGCGAGGGGGAAAGAGGAGGAGGAGGAAGAGGCCGCCCUCGGCCGCGGCCCCGCCAUGCCGGGCCCCGCCGGGGAGCGUGGCCCGGCGGCAGCGGCCCCCCGGGGGCUGUGAGCGGCCCGGGGCUGGCGGAGGGGGGGGGCCCGGAGCGGCAUGGCCAGCCCCGUCCCCCCCGCCGCCGCCGCCGGGAUUUAGCCGGUGCCUGGAUGCUUUCGCCUCCCGUUGCCACUUCGGGCGGGCAUGUGCGCGGGGGAAGCGGGCCGCCCCCAGCCUCCGCCGGCGCGGAGCCCCCCCGCGCCCUGACGCCCCGGUGAGGGGCUCCGCCGCCAGCCCCGUCCCGCCGCCGGCCCCGGAGGACGGGGAGAACCGCCCGCCCUGGCCCCCCCUGGCCGGUGGGUGCCGGGCGGGGGGCGGCGGGUACCGGUAACUUGUUUGUAGCGUUACCCCGGUGCCGGCUGGGGACCCCCCCCCGGGGGAGAUUUGGGUUUCAACUUUGGCUUUUGGGAAGCCCCGAAGAUGCCUUUCCACCCGGUGACGGCGGCUUUGAUGUACCGGGGGAUCUACACCGUCCCCAACAUCCUCGCCGAGCAGCACCCGGUGGAGAUCCCGGAGGACGAGCUGGAGGAGAUCCGCGAAGCCUUCAAGGUGUUUGACCGGGAUGGCAAUGGCUUCAUCUCCAAGCAGGAGCUGGGCACGGCCAUGCGCUCCCUGGGCUACAUGCCCAAUGAGGUGGAGCUGGAAGUCAUCAUCCAGCGCCUCGACAUGGACGGCGAUGGACAGGUGGACUUUGAGGAGUUCGUGACGUUAUUGGGGCCCAAGCUGUCCACCUCGGGCAUCCCGGAGAAAUUCCACGGCACGGACUUUGACACCGUCUUCUGGAAGUGCGACAUGCAGAAGCUGACAGUGGACGAGCUGAAGCGGCUGCUGUACGACACCUUCUGCGAGCACCUCUCCAUGAAGGACAUCGAGAACAUCAUCAUGACGGAGGAGGAGAGCCACAUGGGCACAGCCGAGGAGUGCCCCGUCGACGUGGAGACCUGCUCCAGCCAGCAGAUCCGGCAGACCUGCGUGCGCAAGAGCCUCAUCUGCGCCUUCGCCAUUGCCUUCAUCAUCAGCGUGAUGCUCAUUGCCGCCAACCAGGUGCUGCGCAGUGGCAUGAAGUAGCGGGGCUGCCCCCAGCACCUGCCGCCGGCCACCGACGGGGAGCCACACCUGUAGCGAGGAGUAUAGAGAUAUAUAUAUAUAUACACACAUAUUUGAAUCAGACACGGAAACCCCCCUGGGAGGGGGGCAAACCCGAGGGGGACGACCCGCGCCGGGUCCCCGCUGUCCUGGGACAAUGUGAGCGCAUGGCUGUUUGCAGAACAUGGAAACUUUGAUAAAGACACACAAACACGAAUGAAAAAAAAGCCCUCGCCAGAAAAAAAACAAACCCGUAAAUGCAUGUAACGUGCAUGGAGCCCCGUGUGCCGCCCCCUCCUCGCGCUGGGGUGGAUAGUCCCCCGAGCGUAGGAUCCCGUUGGAUACACCGAUACUAGCGUCUAUAGCUCUAUAUUUAUGAUAAAAACCAAAUCAUCCCCUAAGCAAUACACGCGCCUGAGAUGAUUUCUAGAGAUGGGAGCGUUUGCAUGGACUUGGCUGCCAAGGGCUGGAUUUCACUCCCCCCCUGCCUCGCCCCCCACCCCGGCCCCGUGCCGUGCCUCGGUUUCCCCACCUGCCAGACGGGGGGAUGAUGCUGACCUCCUGCUUGAUGCACUUUGAUCCGAGCCCCUUCGGAGGAGCUGGAGCGAUCCCAAGGUUGGGGAGCCCGCGCCGGCCAGGGCCACCCACCCUGCACACCCCCAAGCCCCCCCAGCCUGUAUGUAGCACCCACCUGGGCACUGGACUGGUUCAGAUUUGGGGCUGUUUCUCAUUCUUUGGAGUUGGUUUGGGGUUUGGGUUGGGUUUUUGGUUUUUUUUUUUUUUCUUUUCUUUCUUCCUGGUUGGUUGUUUCCAAUCUGAAAUAAAACUGGGA